UUAGAAAAUUUCUCUACCUCUCACUUUGAAAGUGAAGAAUUUUAUUUUGAAUACUCUCCGGCUUGCCUGGUAGAUAUUAUCAAAACAGACCAUAGACAUGGGUGUCAUAUUCUAUCGUGCGAACGAGGCUCUCUCGAUCAACCCUCCAAGCGGCAGUGAGAAGCUGAGCGUUAACGGCAGCGACUGGUUAUGGGCGGUGACGGCUAUCUACGUUGUCUCUUUCAUUAUCUUCUACGCUACUAGCUUCGUAGCUCGAUCUGGCGAGAAGAUCUUCCAUUACCUCUUUACCAUCGCCCUCCUUGUCGGCUCCAUCUCCUACUUCGCCAUUGCUUCUGAUCUCGCCUACGAGGUCAUCCCGGUUAUCAACUACAAGCCUACGGAGCUAUGGACACGACAGAUCUUCUGGGCUGAGUACGUCAACUGGGCCGUUAGCUUCCCCGUCGUCACUAUCGCCCUUGGCCUCCUGAGCGGCGUCUCUUGGGCGACUAUCCUUUACAAUGUCGCCUUGGCAUGGACCUGGGUUAUCUCUUACCUUGUCUCCGCCUUCACGACUUCCAACUACAAAUGGGGUUUUUACGCUUUCGGAACCAUCUCGUGGGUCCUUCUCGCGUUCAGCACCCUCUUCCACGGCACAACUUCUGCCAGGCGCGUCAAUGUUGCCGGUGACCACACCCUUCUUGCGGGAUGGAUCAACCUCCUCUGGCUCCUGUACCCGAUCGCUUGGGGUCUAUCCGACGGCGGCAACCGCAUCGGCGUGACCCCCGGAUACAUCUUCUUCGGCAUUCUGGACGUCCUCCUGGUCCCCGUCCUCUCCUUUGCCUUCCUCUUCCUUUCCCGAAGGUGGGACUACGGCAGGCUUAACAUUGCCUUCACCCGAUACGGCCGCGUCCACCAAGCCGGUGAAUUCCCCGAGAAGACGGCUACCGCCCCCGCGGCGCCCGUCGUCGGCGAGCAGACGGCGUAAAUAAAAUAAACGGAGUACCGGCAUGGAUCGCGCGUUUUUGCCUGGUGAGUGCUGAGCGUUGCUUGCGGGCCCUCGGUGCUGUGCUUAUGAUACGCUCGAAAUCCCCUCUCACCUAACCUCGUUUGGUGUCAACCAUGGUAGGCUGGGCCUGUCACUCUUUACGACUAUAAUGACCGACGAAUUGUGACGACCUGUAUUGAUUGGGAUGCGGGAUCGGUCGCGAAUUGUUAUGAUAUAUAUAUAUAUACCCCUUCGCUCGUUUAGGAAGAUGGAUGGAUGGACAUUAUACCCUUUGUAGUAAUAAGUGUGGGUGUUGGGUGUGGUUGGGUUUAGUAGGUAGUCAGUCUAAUAAUAUUAAUGGGUAGUUGAGGUUAAUAAAUAUCCCUUCGCUGUUCGGUAUGGAUGUUGC